AUGGGUCUUCAGGCGCUCGUGCGGCGCGUGGAACUCCCGUUCGUUUCCCGAUGGAUCAACGACGACAUUCGGCCGAUUGAGUCCCAGAGGCGCACCUGGGGCUUCUUGAUGUUUCAUAACUUCUGGCUACUGGUGAAUUGCAACAUCACGACAUACCUGACCGGCAGCGCCCUCAUUCCCCUCGGCCUUACUUGGUGGCAGGCUUUCAUAUGCAUCGCUAUCGGAAACCUCAUCGCUACGGUGGUUGUCAUAAUCAACUCGCUCCCAGGAAGUCAUUAUCAUCUUGGAUUCCCUGUCGUUAGUCGAGUAGUCUGGGGCAUGUGGGGGUCCCAAUUCGUCGUCUGGAACCGCAUCUUCCUGUCACUUGGUGAGUACGGCUUCACGGCCUGGGUUGGAGGAGAAUGUGUUUACGUCAUCCUCCUUUCCUGGGACCCUAGACUCGAAUCCCAAGUUCCGAACACGAUGCCUGCAGACACCGGUAUGACGACGGCGCAAUUCGUGUCUUACAUUAUAUUCUCCGUCAUCUCUCUCCCCGUCCUCUGGAUCCGGCCUCAUCGCCUCGAAAACUUCUUCCGCUUUGCCUGCUCCAUCACCCUCGCCUUCUUCCUCGUGCUCCUCAUAUGGUCUCUUGCAACCAUGGGGCCGUCUGGUUUCGGCGAUACAAUAACCUCCGGGUCGAGUCUCUCCGGCACCAAUAGAUCGCAUAGUGUGGCUUGGCUGAUGGUUUACGGGAUUGUAUCGACGAUCGGGUCUAUCGCGGCAGGUAUUCUCAACCAGAACGAUUAUUCCCGUUUCGCCACGCAGCCUAAGCACGCGAUAUGGGGCCAAGCUGUCUCAUUCCCGUUUUAUGGAAUCCUCAGCUCGCUCAUCGGCAUCCUUGUCACGGCAGCUACGCAGCACCGCUUUGGCGGCGAGGCGAUUUGGAACCCGCCGUCGCUUUUCGCCCAGCUGCUUGCCCGCGAUGAAUCCGCAAGGACACGUGCGGCGUGCUUCUUCGCAGGUCUGUGUCUUGUAAUCUCUCAAAUCGGCGUCAACGUCCCUGGUAACGCUCUUGCCGGCGGCUUCGACCUGGCUGCCACUUUUCCGAAGUAUCUCAACAUCCGCCGCGGUGCAUGCAUCACGGCAAUCUUCAGCAUCGUGGUCAACCCAUGGCGACUCGUCAAUACCGCAACGACUUUUCUGACGGCGCUUUCGAGCUACAGCGUAUUCCUUGCCCCGAUGACAGGCCUGAUGAUUUCGAGUUACUUGAUCGUCAAUAAGAGGAAGAUCAACGUCGAUGACCUGUACCGAGACGGCUCAGAGAGCAUCUACUGGUUCUCUUACGGAUGCAACUGGCGGGCGCCUGUGGCAUGGCUCGUAGGUGUUGUUCCUUGCAUGCCUGGAUUUGUUGCUGCUGUCGACGCGUCAGUAGCUGUGAGCGAAGGGGCCACCGAGCUGUACUACAUGUCCUACAUGUGCGGCCUUCUGUCAAGUGGUCUGGUAUAUGCUCUGCUACACAAGGUGUUUCCCGCCAAGGCGCUCGAUUCUUUUGUGAAAAACUCUCCCUCUGCCCGGGAGCUCCAGCACUUGCACCAAGGCAAGUGGGAUGUUACUCUGGCCGAGACUGCUGGCGUUCUUGAGUCGAAUUUGAGACGUAGAGAAGAGAACAGGAGUGUAGUGGCAGCGAGGAAGGAGGAAGAUGUCUGA